AGUGACUUUAAAAAAAGGAACUGGAUGUACUACUACACUGUAGUAGAUAAAUAGACGUCCGUUCUAUUAAAAUGUCAUUAGUUCCAUGUGGACAUUUUACCUUUUGUACCUUUAAAAGGUAUUGACGUUGCUUACAUUCCAAUGACGUCUGACAAAUGACAUUAAUCUGUCUAUUUCCCCGGAUGACAACCAAUGAGAGUUGAGUAGAGGCGGGAUGUUUACACUGUUAGCCAAAUAAAAUACAUUGGUUGUGCCACUUAGAGUAGUCAUAUUCUAGUCACACCUUUUACAGACUGUAAAGACAGAUGUUCCAUCUGAUCGCAGAAUUUAUAUCUGUGCCCAUCAAUUCCUCAGCCGGCUGUAAGAAGAUCCUUCAUCUCCUCUUGACUUGGUGACCUGCUGUCCUACCAUGGCUGAGAAGCUAGCUUCCUUUGGUAAGAUGCUGCUCAGGCGGCGAGCGCUGGACUGUAACCAGGAAGAGAGCCACUUCGCCCGCUGCCUGAGCACACUGGACCUGAUAGCCCUGGGGGUGGGCGCCACUCUGGGGGCCGGCGUCUAUUUGCUGGCUGGAGAGGUUGCCAGGGAGAAGGCCGGCCCAGCCAUCGUGCUCUGCUUCCUCAUCGCAGCGCUCUCCUCCGUCCUUGCUGGUCUGUGUUAUGCUGAGUUUGGUGCCCGUGUGCCAAAGACUGGUUCAGCCUACAUGUACAGCUAUGUGACAGUGGGGGAGAUCUGGGCCUUCAUUACUGGUUGGAACCUCAUCCUCUCCUAUGUCAUAGGCACAGCCAGUGUUUCUCGGGCCUGGAGCUCCACCUUUGACAACCUGGUUGAACAGAAGAUCUCAAACUUCUUCAGAGCCUCCAUGUCCAUCAAGGUCCCUGGGAAUAUUCUGGCUGAAUACCCAGACCUCUUCGCCCUCAUCCUGAUCUUGCUGCUCACUGGUCUGCUGGCGUUUGGCGUGAGUGAGUCGGCCCUGGUGAACAAGAUCUUCACGGGGGUCAACCUGGUGGUGCUGGGCUUCGUCAUCAUCUCAGGACUGGUGAAGGGAGACCGUACUAACUGGAACCUCACUGUCGAGUACUUUGUCAACACAUCCAACAUCACUGAUACAGAGAUUAUUAAAGAGAAGUUUGGCAAUGGGGGUUUUGCUCCAUUCGGCUUCAGUGGAGUCCUUUCUGGUGCAGCAACUUGCUUCUAUGCCUUUGUGGGUUUCGACUGCAUCGCAACCACAAGUGAAGAGGCCAAGAACCCCAUGCGUUCCAUCCCCAUCGGUAUCGUGGCUUCUCUGCUCAUCUGUUUCUUUGCCUACUUCGGGGUGUCUGCAGCCCUCACUCUCAUGAUGCCCUACUACCUGCUGAACAAAGAGAGCCCGCUGCCAGAGGCCUUCAAGUAUGUGCACUGGGACCCUGCCCGCUACAUCGUGGCUGUGGGCUCCCUCUGUGCACUCUCCACCAGUUUACUGGGCUCAAUGUUCCCCAUGCCCCGUGUAAUCUAUGCCAUGGCUGAGGACGGCCUGCUCUUCCGUUUCCUCUCAAAGAUGAACAUCAAAACCAAGACCCCCCUGUUAGCCACCAUCGUGUCGGGUAUUGUAGCAGCCCUGAUGGCAUUCCUGUUUGAUCUGGCAGCCCUGGUGGACCUGAUGUCGAUAGGAACUCUCCUGGCAUACACACUAGUGGCUGUGUGCGUGCUUAUCCUCAGGUACCAACCGGGAACCCUGGGUGUCAGUGGUGCCAGUGAGAAGCUGGUGGAGCUGGUGGGUCUGCAGAGGGCAGCCAUGGCAGAGGGGGACAGUGGGGAUGAGUUUGGCCAGGAGAGUGAGGGGGAGACCAGGCCCCUCAGGGAGCGGUUCAUCCUCAAGAUGCUGCUGGUGCCCAGCUGUGACGUCCCAACCAAGACCUCCGGGCUCAUCGUCUACAUCACUACCGCUGUCAUCUCUGUGGUGUUCACCCUGCUGUGCAUAGUGCUGUCUGUGUGUGGGGUAGAGGUGGUGAGUGGCCACCCAGUGUGGGUCACCAUAUGUGCGAUACUGGCCUUCUUCUCCUUCCUGUGUGUGGUCAUCAUAUGGAGACAGCCCCCGAGCAGACAGUCACUCACCUUUAAGGUACCCCUACUCCCAGUGUUGCCAUUGGUCAGUAUCUUUGUCAACAUUUACCUCAUGAUGCAGCUGGAUGGGCCAACGUGGUGUCGCUUUGCAGUGUGGAUGACUAUUGGUUUUAUCAUCUACUUUGGUUACGGGAUUAAGAACAGCUCAGAGGCCACACCCAACCGCGGUAAAUUUGAGCCAGUCCUCCGAUCAAAGAGUCCCAACUUCCUGGCAGAGGAUGACAAUGAGGUGGAAGGAAUGAUGCCUUAGAGGCGAAUAGUGGUAGAAUAGAUGGUAUUUGCCCCAACGACAUAUGACGCAAGCCUUGAACAGGAGCACAUUCUUAUCUGUUUGUUUUUUAACUGUCUGGGAAUUGUGCCACAAUAGACUCUUAACUUUCUGUCUUAUACUUCUUCUGAAAUGGAUUAAAUUAAUGUUUUCCCUCAUCAAUCUACACACAAUAAUGAAAAAGGCAAAAACAUUUUUUUAGAAAUCUUUUGCAAAUGUAUUUA